AUGUCUUCCUUUACAGCUUCACUCAGACUUGAAGAAAUUCAAGUUGAAGAAGUAAGGGCUAAACGUCAAGCAGAUAUUGAUGCUCAGUUGAGAGAUAAAGGCAAGAGUGCUGAAGGCAGUGUUGCAGUAUUUAAAAGAUUGAUCGUUCCAUCGUUAGUUGUUGAAAAUCUUGUUCCUAUAUCGGUUGUAUCUGGUAUCUUCGAGAAAGAUGUAUUACUCGAUGAUGUAUUUACUGCUGAAGGUGAUGAUGAAGAUGAUAGUAAAGAGGAUGAUAACGAAGGGGAUGAUGACGAAGAGGAUGAUGAAGAAGAAAAAGUUUUUCCUGCGAGUAGUCAUAGUUCUGAUGAUGACAAUGAUGAUGAUGACAAUCAGGGAGGUACAGGGGUUACUACUACUGAAGCAUCAAAUGAAAAGAAUGUUGAUGAUUAUAUGAAUGAUGGUGCAAAUGAAGUAUCAGAGGGAGCUGAUGGAGAGGGGGAGCAGGUAGAUGAUCAAAAUGUUGAUCAAGUUGAAAAAUUAAUUCUUCGUAUUGAGCCUGAUGUAGAAGAGGGAGAAAUCAGGCAUACAUACACUUUGGAUGAAGUUCUGAAGAUGUUCAAUGUGAAUGAAGAUGAGUUCAAGUUCGAUUUUGAAUAUGAACUGAAUGCUUUCGACAUCAACCAUCAACCUGAAUAUGAGUACAAGUAUGUUGAAGAUGCAGAUGUAUAUGAUAGGGUUGAGGUUGAAGAUUGUUCUGAUGAAGAGAAUCUGAAUGAAAACACUUCUGAAUUUCCAACUCUGAUGGAGUUCUUUAGUGAAGAAAAUCGGGAUGAACUUAGAAGGAAAGUUGCUGAGAUUUUGAAGGAUAAGAACUUUGAUGGUCCUACAAAAGAUCCUCUGAAAGAAGAACACAAAAAGUGGUUCAAGAAUAGCAAUGAAAGGAAAUUCAAGCGUCCGUUGAAGUUUUAUCAAAGAGAUAGAAGUAUUUCACUGGGAGAUAUCAUUAGCUGGGGUUUUCUGCCUCAAGUUAAUGCAUAUGCUAUUAGAAGAGAGUGUGGAGUACAGUACUUUGAACGCUUGCAUGAUAUUAUGUCCCUACCUUGGUGGGAUGUAGAGGAGUUAUCAAAGGUAAGAACCUUGGGAUAUAAGCUGAGAAAGAAUGAUGUUGCUAUGUGGGGUCUGAUAAAGUUUGAAGCUCUGAAAAAUUUCAAGCAUUGGAAGCCUCAUUAUCCAAAGAGAGUGAGAAGAGUUAAUCCGGAAACAGGAAAUGAAGAAAUGAUCUUGAAUGUGAAAAAGCCAAAAGUGAUGAAGAACAUACCAGUGCCAAAAAUGGAACAGGAGUUCUACAAAGGUUUUAUGGGCUGGGUGUAUAGUUGUAUAUCGACUGAGGCUGUGAUAACUUACAGAGCAGGGAAUGAAAUCAGAGAGAUUUUUGUUUAUGACCCUAUGUGGUUGGUAAACUGCUCAGCAAAAGAUAUUGAAUGUUUGUUUAUCAACAAAAUCCGCUUCCAAGCUGAAGACAGAGAACAAGCCAUGCAAUUUCAAAAAGUAGUGUCUAUUUGUUUUCAAAAGAGUAUCAAUGCUGAUAACAAAUGGAACUCAAAGUGGUGGAAGCUUGAAGAAAAAGAAAAGAUGAAAGCUGAAAGAGAAAGAAAGAAACUGGAAGAGAACAAAGGGAAGUGGAUGAAGAUGCAAGCUGAAGAAGCUAAGAGAGCAAAGAAAGAAAACGAAAAGCAGAGAAACUUGCUAAGGAGAAAGCCUAAGCAAAGAGAGGAAAGUUUUAAGUCGCUGUGA